AUGGGCUCUUUCGGCAAAAUCUACUCCUACCCAGGCAACUGGCGAGUCCAGCGCGCCCAGGUUGUCGCUUCCCUCAACAACCUAGAGGUCUCCCUUGCGGAGGGCUUCGCGAUGGGACAGACCAACAAGACGCCUGAGUUUCUGUCCAAGUUCCCCUUGGGCAAGGUGCCCGCCUUCGAGGGGGCCGACGGAUUCUGCGUGGCCGAGGGCGCGGCCAUCUGCUCUUACAUCGCAUCCUCCGGUCCCAAGGCCGCGCAGCUCUUGGGCUUGUCCGACACCAAGACCGCUGCACGCGUCACCGAGUGGAGUUGCUUCGCCGAGAACGAGCUUGUGCCCAACGUCAUGCCUGCGGCGGUCAUGUGUUUGUUCAAGAUCGUGCCGUUCGAUGCGCAGAAGUACGACCAGAGCGCGUCGAACUUGCUGCGGGCGCUGAGGAGACUCGAGGUCGCCGUCAAGGACGGUAAGAAGUUCUUGGUUGGUGAGGAGCUCACCCUAGCGGACGUCAUGGUUGCUGGGCCGUUGUUCUUUGCUCUGGGUUAUCUGAUUGAUGACGAGAUGAAGAGGGAGGUGCCUGAAGUCAACAGAUAUCUGGAAGGUUUGUCGCAGAUUCCCGAGUUCAAGGGCGCGUUUGGGGAGUUGAAGAGUGUUGCCUCCAGAGUUAAGCAGUAG